AUCUCCUAUUAGCCCAGGACCUCUGCCAGCACGCAGUUCCUACCAAACCUCACACCAGUUUUUGCUUUCUGCUGUCGAGCCUAUGCAGGAAGACGAUCAAAUUGCAUCAAAGGGUUCCAUUGCAACAGCGGUCAAUGGCUUAAGGUUAUCUAAAAACAGCUGUCCAACCGUUGAGCUAAGGGACAUAAGACCACUGCACUUGAAUGGGCCGCUACCAGAUAGACCCCAGGAAACUGACAGUGACCAGGAUCAGCCAGCUGCUCGGGAACGAUCACAGAGACACUCAACUGUUUUGCUGCAUUUUGCUCAGCAAAGAGCAGUUGCAAUUGGUGAGUCGACCACAAAUGGCCAGAGCAGUUCUGAGCAUCCGGUUCAGGAAUCAGAACCCGAUGUUUGUCCGCAGUAUCAUCAUAUAAAACUGGUCCGGAGCACGUCUGCAUGUCUGCCCUUGCAGAAACAUUCAGACUCUCAACUAGAUUCACAUAGAGAAACUGAAAGAGAUGGGACCCAAGCAGAUAAUGGCCAGCACAAUGCACUGCAGAGGAGCCUUUCAUUUGAAGUGCCAUACCAACAGAUUUCAUACCAUUUAUCUACAUCUACGCAACACAAUUCAAAGACAGGGGCCCCUCAUGUGCACAUUCAUUUAUCACCUGGCACCGAAGGAAGGGUAUGUGGUUCCUUAAUGGAAAUAAAUAGCAACUGCAAAAGUGAAAAUGAUAAAGCCAUCCCUGGAAGAAGCACAAAGACCAGGGAUGAUUUUCUGGGUCAGGUUGAUGUUUCUCUUCACCAGUUACCAACAGAAAAUCCUAACAUUGAAAGGCCAUACACAUUUAAGGAUUUUCUUCUUCAUCCAAGAAGUCAUAAAUCCAGAGUGAAAGGCCAUCUUAGACUAAAGAUGACAUACUUGCCUAAAAACAAUGGGUCAGAAGAAGACAAUGGAGAACAAUCUGAAGAUGUAGAGCCUGGCUGGGAAAUAUUGGACCAACAGGACACCUCUGGGACAUGCCGCCAGCUUCCUGUGCUUCCUCCAGGCUGGGAAGAAAGACAGGAUAACCUGGGCAGGACCUACUACGUCAACCACGAAACCAGAACAACACAGUGGCACAGGCCCACAGUUCAGGACAGUCAGGCAGAGGCAGAACAACGGCAAACUAUUAACCAUGAAGCACAUCAUGCCUUUACUAAUCGCCGGCAGAUAUCUGAAGCAGCAAGUCAUGAGAGAAGAGAGUCUCCUGAUAGCUGGGAAAUAAUAACCGAAGAUGAGACUACACUGUAUAAUAACCACAGCCAGCAGUCACCUCCACCACCUCACUCUCCCAUUGAACACAGUGUUUGUGAUAUUCAGACUCCUCUUGCAGAUGAACUGAGCCGACACAGCUCCAUCACGGUUCAGAGCCAUUCGAGCAGAAGGGGAAGUGCACAGACAGUUACACUUGAAGAGCAGCCUACACAUCCUGUGACGACAAUAGAAGCAGUGCAAGCCAUGUCAUGCCAGAGUCCCACCAUGUACCACCCUCCUCGGCUUUCUCCAGAAACUUCACCUCAGCAUUCUGUGGCUCCAAAAUCGAAAUAUGAAAGCGGAUUCCUCCCUGCUGGCUGGGAAUUGCGUAGUGCGCCCAAUGGCAGACCCUUCUUUAUUGAUCACAAUACAAAAACCACCACAUGGGAGGAUCCAAGAUUAAAAAUUCCAGUUCAAAUGAGAAGGCGACCCUCCUUGGAUCCUACAGACCUUGGGCCGCUUCCACCCGGAUGGGAAGAGAGAGUUCAUACGGAUGGCAGAAUAUUCUACAUUGAUCAUAACACCAAAGCUACACAGUGGGAAGAUCCACGUCUACAGAAUGCAGCAAUAACUGGACCUGCUGUGCCUUAUUCCAGGGAUUAUAAACAGAAGUACGAGUACUUCAGAAAAAAGAUGAAGAAACCAGCUGAUAUUCCUAACCGUUUUGAAAUGAAGCUGCGGCGAAAUGCUAUCCUGGAAGACUCCUACAGGAGACUGCUGCCCGUCAAGAGGGCAGACUUCCUCAAAGCACGGCUGUGGAUUGAAUUUGAGAAUGAAAAAGGCCUGGAUUAUGGCGGUGUUGCCAGGGAAUGGUUCUUCCUUAUUUCCAAAGAAAUGUUCAAUCCCUAUUAUGGACUGUUUGAAUAUUCGGCUACUGAUAACUACACCCUACAGAUUAACCCCAAUUCUGGUUUGUGCAACGAAGAUCACUUGUCUUAUUUCAAGUUUAUCGGACGUGUUGCUGGAAUGGCCGUUUACCAUGGGAAGCUCCUGGAUGCGUUCUUCAUUCGGCCUUUCUAUAAGAUGAUGCUGCAGAAGCCAAUAACGCUGCAAGAUAUGGAAUCGGUGGACAAUGAAUACUUCAAUUCACUGAAGUGGAUUCUGGAAAAUGAUCCCACUGAGUUGGACCUCAGAUUUACAGUUGAUGAGGAGCUCUUUGGGCAGACUCAUCAGCAUGAGCUCAAACUGGGUGGAUCAGACAUUGUGGUGACAAAUAAGAACAAGAAAGAGUAUAUCCACCUGGUUAUCCAAUGGAGAUUUGUGAACAGAGUGCAGCAGCAGAUGUCUGCCUUCAAGGAGGGAUUUUAUGAAUUAGUACCUCUGGAUCUCAUCAAAAUAUUUGAUGAAAAUGAAUUAGAGCUGCUAAUGUGUGGACUUGGAGAUGUUGAUGUGAAUGACUGGAGGGAAAACACAAAAUACAAGAAUGGCUACUGUGCAACACAGCCUGUCAUACAGUGGUUCUGGAAGACGGUGCUACUAAUGGAUGCAGAGAAACGCAUCCGACUGCUGCAGUUUGUCACUGGCACGUCUCGAGUGCCCAUGAAUGGCUUUGCAGAGUUGUAUGGAUCUAAUGGACCACAGCUGUUUACCAUUGAACAGUGGGGAACACCUGACAAACUACCUAGAGCUCACACUUGCUUCAACCGUUUGGAUUUGCCUCCAUAUGAAUCAUUUGAGGAUUUGCGAGAGAAACUUCACAUGGCAAUAGAAAAUGCACAGGGAUUUGAUGGAGUGGAUUAGGAGCAGUCAAGGUGGCCCGUGCUGCAGAUAUAUAUCGUCAUUGAAAUACCUAACGAAACCCUCUAUAAAAGAUGAUUCCUGCAAGAGACACUUCAGCAGUGUACUGGUACUCAGGACAGAGAACAGUUAUUAGGGACUUGAUUUUUCAAAUUCCAGAAAAUAAAGGCACCAAGAGUUUUAAAGCAACUUUUUAACUUAUUUGUGUUUCUAUGAUUUCCUGGAAAUUGUCCUAUUUUUUUAUUAUUAUUAUUUUAUUCAGGGUGGAAAUAAUUAACAUUUUAUUUAGAUUUCCAUGAAGAAUCUGUAUGAAGUUUACAAGCUUUACUGUUUGUAAAAUACACAGGUCUGGUAGGAGCAAAGUAAUCAUUAU